GUGGCGGGACGCAGCGGGCGGGAGGCGGGACGAGGCCUUGUUGAGCAGCAGGGUGCCCUCCAUUCUGGGCUGGGCUGUCACGCUCCGUCUCGAAAGGACCUCAGGCCGACAGCCCCAGGAGCCCGGAGGAGCGAGAUGGCGUCUUCCAGUGAGCGGGCACCUGGAGGGACAUUUGAAUGCCAGUUAUGUGGCUUGACAGCGCCGUACAGCUACGUGGGGCAGAGACCCCCCAACUCCCGCACUGUCGUGCUCUUGGAGCAAUGCUAUGUGCUGAGGGACCCCUUCACCUCGGACCCGGACAAAUUCCUGAUCCUCGGCUCACAGUGUAACCUCUGCAGCAAGCUGGUGUGCGCAGGCCCGGAGUGUAGUUUAUUCUACUCGAAAAGAUUUUGCCUCCCCUGUGUGUGUGAGAACCUCAGCGCUUUCCCUCAGGAGAUACAGCGAGACGUGGAGAAGAGAGGGGCUCUGUCCAGAGCUGUGUCCAGGAAGCUUGACUCGAGGGCCUCACUGUGAGGUUGGGCAAGAACAGAGGCCCUGGCCAUCCCAGGCUGUCGCGGCACUUUUCUUCCACGUUGUUCCGCGGACAAGGCCCGAGGGGAUGUGCAGUUCUCUUGUGGCUUCUAAAGGGGCUACAGGUGUCCAGGACCCCUUGUGGGUGUCUCACACGUUGCUGUGGUCACUGCCUCCAGCCCCGGCUAUCAGUGGGGGUUCUGGCUUCAGUUGGGCCCCAGAGGUGGAACCAUCGGCCCAGUCUAUGUCAUCAGGGGCCGCUGAGCAGGCGAGCCCAGGACAAUCCUUGCCCUUGGCGUCCAUCCACAGGGGCUGAGAGAGAGCCAGUUGAGGCCUGCUCCUCUCUUCACCUGGCAGGGGAGGCGAGCACAGGCCUUCUCCAGCAGCUCUAGACCUUUGCCUCCCGUAACCAGACUCUUCCCUUCGCCCCCAUGGUGGGGGAGCGCCUUGGCUCCUCAGCAGUGGUUGGGUAGCAAGGGUCCAGGGCAGCUGCCCCUUAGGACAUCACUUUCUAUGACCUCCUGCAUGUCAUUCCCAUUUUCAUUCAUCUGGAGUUUUCAGACUCAGUAGCAGUCUAAGGCAGCAGCAGAAAUAUGCCAGAGACUCUCCACAAGCACUGGAUUCCAUCUUUGUCUCCUCAGGGCCAGGGCCAGGCCCAUCGAUGGGGGCUGGUGAGGGUCCGUUGGACCUCUCGGCAGGGGCAGGGGCAGGGCUCUGCCUUUGUGGCUUGGAUGUCAUUCGCUUUUUGUGAGCUUUAUGUUGGGAUGGGAUCUGACCUAUUUUAAAACGACCUUGUUUUUAAAAGUUAGAAGCAAAGAGGAUAACAAGUUUUCCCUCAUGGUACCAGAUUUAAUUCUAACAUCAUGUUGUUAUUCCAAGUGCCUUAUACAAGCUGCUUGAGUUGAAGGACUUUGAGGACCACAGGGGAAAGAGAACCAGGUUUCAAUCCAGUCUAUGUCCAGUAGGUGGGAAUUAAUGAGGAAAACCUGUAGUGUAAGAAGAGUCUCACUUCACACGGAGAAUCAGCCACUGCGAUCCCCUCAAAUCAACAGAGCACUAACAACUCGCCAGUUGACUUUUAAAAAUAGUUUAUUCUUUUAAAAACCUUUUAAGGCAAACUGUAGCUUGAAAUUAGCUCUUUACAUUCAUCAGUCUUACAGUAUGACAUCCCAAGGACAUAAGUUCCUAUGAAGUCAAGCUAUAAUCAUUAGUGGAUACUCAGUUCAGUCCCUUCUUAGUGAGUGAAAGCUCAUAACAAAAGAUAAAAAAUUGAAAA